CAGUGUUUUGACGGUCGGGUACGGCGAUUGGGCUUACUCAUCGAGUCAUCGGUCUUAUCGGUAAACGUGACACGAGUCGAAGGGAUUAGAAACGAUCGCGCGUCCGUCGAUCGACAGUUGGGCGAAGCGCGGCCCGUCCAUAAACCGGUUCAGCGGCUGCAGAACAUCGAUCGCCGCCGGGACACGUCUCCGGCCGUCGUCGGCCACGCGGACGGAAAGCCGGUCGGAUGGCGUGACGAUGCGGCCGCGUCCCUCAUCGCUGGAGCACGGCAAUCGGAUAACCGCGUGUUAUCCGAAUCAAAAAAUGGCGUUGUGAAUGAAGGAUGGAUUUCGUAUCAAGUCUUAGGAGGACUACAGUCGAUGCCCCUAACGGAAGCGUCGCAGUCUAUACAAAAGCACAACUCGGACUCUAACUUACCUCGUUGGUCGGCUACCGAACGCCGACGUUGGUUCGUGUCACUAAAUCCAUUGAACAAAACUCGAUCUAUUACUCGAAGACGGCCAUCAUCAUCUCCGUUUCCUUCCCCAUCCACGCAACCCUCCUCAUCCCCCAACCCUUCUCCAUCCCCGAAACCAUACCCGUCUUCGUAUCCUACCCCGUUCACGUAUCCUUCUUCAACCCCAAAUCCUCUCUUACCAUCACCAUAUGUUUAUACGAUCAUGCAUCCCUCCUCGUCCUUUGCAUCACCGCUCAAAAGUUGGAUAUCGUUGUCGCCGUCACCAUAUCAAAACAAUUGGAUUUCACCGCAGCCGCAACCAUCGUCAUCGAGCCCGAGCUGGAUCUCGGAAAAAGUUCAGGCCGCAACCAUGGUUACCAGUGACAACUGGGUCGGCGGUAAUAAAGACUUGCUGGCAAAGUUCAGGACAAUCAUAACGGUGGCACCGUCACCAUUAAACCACGGCGAUUUUGCCACAAAAACUUACCUGAUGGUGUUUGACGAACACGGGAUGAUGCACAUGAACUCCACCGCCGGUGUUGCGUACGGGGACAAUAUAAAACAGAAAAACAGAUGAAUCGUCGCCGGAAAUUAUGGGAGUCGGUUGGUCAGGUGAAAGAAUCGCUAAAGCGGAUCUGCGGACAACAAUAAUAAAACACACACGGGAUAUGAACAAUAUUAUCACUUUAUUAUUGCGUACAUAGUCGGUCGUUCAAAAUGCAUUAUUUUGUUCAUUUAACGACGUGUACUGCAUAAAUUAUUUGACUUCCGACAUACCACGCGAGUAUAUUAAAAUAUUAUGGUCAUCAUAACUUUUAUCCCAUAGUACUAAUAUCUUUUAUAGAUUUUAUUAUUAUCGUAGUUGAGAAGUGAACUUGCAAAUAUCUGAUUGUAUAAAGUAUUAACAUUAUAUUAAGCAUCUACAAGAGUGUUUAAAAU